GGUCUCUAUGACGACGGCUGUAUUAAAGCUUUCAGGGCUGUAGAGGGACAGGAAGCAGAUUAUGUGCACAGGUGUUGCUCCGCAGACUAGCAGGCACUAUGUGGGUCAGUUAGAUGGAGCGAUAGUCACGAAACAACCCGGCUUGAUGUGUUCUGGCACCGCUUUGAACUCAACAGGAAUACUGCGUAAGAACCUGCCGCUGCCCGCAGACCUGCAGAAAUAAACAGGAUGAUAGUCUAUGUAUGUAAAACUCUGUGUUAUAGCCAGUGGAAUGUAUUAUAAAUCACAACAGAAACACAGCUACGACAAAAGUAACAUACAGUGGAGAAUAUGAGUGAGGUGGUUUGCACAAAGACCCAGGAGGAAUAUGAGGACGACUUUGAGAAGGACCUCGACUGGCUGAUUAGUGAGGAAGGCCGGAGUGAGGACCAGGGUCCUGACUAUGAGGACAUAGAAUCAGAAAUUGACAAAGAGCUGGAGGAGGACGAGAAAGUGCAAAAAAUGAAAAGAAAGCCUAAAGUCCUCAAGGAGGAGAGGAGCGGCAACAAAGCCGAGGAGUUGGAGGAAGAUGACGAGAGGUGGCCUUCGCCUAUGGAGCCGCUGGAGUAUGAUUCGGACAGGGACAGCCCCACUAAGUCAUCACCUGUAGUCCCACCUCCACCAGGGAUGGAUGACCAGACAGAUGAGGAGAAGAAGUACAUUCAGGACAAGAUCCAGCAGGCUAAUCGAGAGCUGCAGGACCAGGAGGCUCCGGAUAUGAGCAGGCGCAGGCGGCUGCAUUUCAAAGACAAGCUGGUGGACCUGGAGGUGCCUCCCCUGCAAUUUGAGAAGGAUGGCAGCGGUGGUGAGGUGGAGGGCAGAAAGGGAACUGCGAAGGAGUCAGAGGCAGAGAUCGAAGUGUCAGGGAAGCUGUCUGAGCUCAAGCUUUCCCUGCGGGAAGAAAGCAGCAGGGCUGGCGAGAGCAGUGGGGGAGGGCAGGGGGUAAAGGAGGGCAGAGUCCUUGUGGAGAAGGAUGGGAAGUUUGAUCUGGUCAGCCUGAACGAGUUGGAGAGUCAAGGGCUUCUCCCUCCUAUAACACACAACUACAGCGACUUCUCACGCUCCUCCCCACGUCCCCAGGAGCAGACUGCAAGCUCCAGUAAGAGCCACAGGUCCUCCGCCUCUCCUCGUGCUCGUGCCGGCUCCUCCCUCUUCCAGCAAGGCGCCGAUCACCUCCGUGCUCCCAGACCUCCAGCUCAGCCCAGGAACAGACCCAGCUCGGCCAACCACAGCCAGAGAGGCAGCCAGAGGAACGGCAGCAAGCGGCGGGUGCAGUCGGCCACCGGGACACCCUGCCAGGCCACCUACACCCUCUCCCCCCAGCAGAAAGAGGUGCUGCAGAAGAUCCAGGAGAGGAAGGAGAAGCUGGCCAGAGAGGAAGAGCAGAGGAGACAUGAGGAAGAGGAGCAGAAGAGGCAGGAGAAUGAGCUGGCGUUUAAGGCCUGGCUGAUGAAGAAGAGAGAGCAGUUUCAGGAGGAGAAAAGGGUCCACCGAGCCCAGGAGAUGGAGAGGAUGAAUACUAAGAGAGACUGCAGCGACCCGGAGGAGUCCUUCAGGCAGUGGCUGCAGAGGAAACACGAGCAGCAGCAGAAAGAGAAGCAGCUGGAGGAGCUGAAGCGGCUCGAGGUGGACAGCGGUUACCUCUUACGCAGCCGCGAGGAGUGUGAACACGCCUUCAAAGUGUGGCUAAGGAGGAAACGUGCGGAGAAGCGAGCAGAGCAGCAUGCGGCUCGAGAGCGCUCCCGCAGGCUGGUGCUGGAGGAGCGGCGUGCGCGACGCAUGAGGGACCUGAUGUGUUCUGUCAGUGAAACCAAGCCAUUCAGAUUCAACGAACAGCUGGCGUACCGUUACUGAGCCAGACAAAUCCAACAUGGCCACUGAACUCACACAAGUAGAUUUGAUUCUAGUUUGAAGCUACGAGUCUCAUACAGUCCUUUCACCACGGACCGGAUGAUGCGUGAGCAAAGGAGGUGGUUGAUGCUGCGUUCAGUCGUUGCUAGAGAUUUGUUUUGUUGUUUCCAUUUCUGUGCUGUGUUACAAAAAAAUGUUUACCGCAGUGACCUCUACUCAGAAUGUACCUGGGUAAAUAAUCCAUCCAAAUGUACUUAGAGGUUAACUCCAUUCAUUUUACACAUUUACACUACAGGUCCUGAGGAGCACUACUGCAUAUUUAAAAAAGACUUACUGAAGCCUUUUGUAGUUUCAGAGGAAGCUGCAUGUAAUCUGAUAAAUUGCUUCCAGUGAUGUUGCUUGAUGGCAGAGUUGCGUUGUGGGUAAUGUAGGUACACUGUGGACGGUUUAAAAAAUGAAGGAUCAAAAUCAAUACAGUGGAUCCAGAGAGUUCACCAUUUUUAUUCCAAACCUGGCUAAGCCUAGCGCCUUCAUUACCCACAAUGCAUCUCAGCCACCGAGGGACAUCACUUCAGGCAAUUUAUCUGAUUACACGCAGCUUCCUCUGGAGCCACAAAAGGCUCAGUACUACUUUUGCAACACAUGCAGUGUGACCUGUAAACACGCUUUAAUGUGUAAAAUUGGUGGAGUUACCCUUCAAGGUGUGAUAAAUGUAUGGAGUAUGUUUUUUUUUUUUUUUUUUUUUUUUACUGUAGUUACGUUUACUCUGUAGUGGCAGAUGCACUUUACUUAACUUAAGCUCUUCUUAAAUACAAGAGCUGAACCCACUGUAUGCCUUUUGUCAGAGAGUAUUUGCUUACAUAGAUAUUAAAGGACGCAUUUGAUUUUCCAGUAAGUUAUUUGGAUGAAUGAAACUGUAAAGGAAUGAAGUUAUCAAUGAGAGAAACUGGUAAACAUU